AUGCAAGCAUUGAACCUGGAAACAAACGUCAAUGUGCCUGGUGAAGAUGUUCAAAAGUUAGGAGUAAAAAAUCCAAAUCAAGUGCAAAGUAAUUCUGAAACUGAAAAAGAUAAACCAAUGAAAAAUGAAAAUUCUGAAAUAAUUGAGACUGCUACUUCCGAUGCUGGAAUAUCACCAGUUCAUGAUCUCAAAGAAAAAAUUAACUCUAAAUUAGUCGGCGAACGCUUCCUUUUGAAGUCUCCUCACAAAGUUCUUAAUCAUUUGGAUAACUCCAUUUUAAAAGCAACAAGAAAUGUAACCCAAAAUCCAAAAAUGGAAGAAACCCUUUAUCAAAUUUCUAAGGAUCUGGUUUCUGCUAUAUUAUCAAAACUAGAGAUUCAAGACAAAAUUACAAGGAUUACUCGAGAAGCACUAGAAGCUCCUGGCAAGAAUAAAGGCAUUACAGCUAUAGAGACUAGACGCAUCCUAGACUACAUCUCACGUACAUUGUCUGGUCACAUGCUUAGCAUAACUAAAGUGUCAACAGAGCCGGAACUUCAUCGACUUGUUUACGGUUUGGCUCAAAUCGCUGCUGAAGUGUCGAUUGUAUCUGCAUUGAAAGACAUCACGUAUGCUACUGCAUUGUCGAAAAAACAAUCAGUUGAUUUGUCGCUACGAAAGAAGAGGUCAAUUCCAAAUAAUGGUCCCACAACGAUGGCAGCUCCUUCUAUUGUCUCACCAAUAUAUAAUGCUAUUUUGAAUAAAUCUAUGUCAAAUUCACCAAGCAAAGAAACAAAAGCAGCUAAUACUACGCUAAUACCUAGAGAUCCCCAUAUUUCACCUUAUACGGUAUUAUCUAAAAACGAUAAAGAUAUUAUGCGAUUCUUGAAAGUAAAGAAAACUGCACAGUUUCCUAUAAAAGGAUUUUUAAAUCAAACCGCUUUAGAUAUUGAAAAUAGUGAAACUCUUACAAACAAUACUGAUAGCAUAGUUUUGGAUAAAUCAAUAAAUGGCACACAUUACGUAACGCAAGACACUCAAACUUUAGAUGUGCAAGAAUUAAACGCACCAGGUCUCAUGGAUGACUGGCUCGAUCAGAAGGACAACGUUUUCAAAACAACAAUAAACUCUGAGAUUGCAGCUGAAAUGGAUACAGAUCAGGUUGAUGGCGAAGACGAUGCAACUAAUGAGAAAAAAACUAAACUCAGACUUGAGAGGUUAGAAGUAAAAGCUAAAAAAGCCAUUCUUUAUGCUGGUGACGUUGCUUAUUUGACGGCGGCUAGCGUGGUAGCUCUGAGGCGAGCCUUAACUGCUUCUAUAGAGGUACAAAUGUCGGUAAAGUAUGCCAAGAAUGGUAUGUCCAAUCACCAAGAUUUGAUGAUGAAUUUGGCAAAAACGGCAGCGCAACAAGCUGGGAAAGAGGCAAGAAUUGCCACGUCGAAGUCUCUUGCUUGUGAACGCGUCAUCAAACUGGCUUUGAAGUACACAGCACAAUCCCAGGGGGCCAAUUUGAAUCAUGUGGCUAAUAGAAUUGUAAUGGAUUCCUUAUCUCUAUCAACCCUCGCUAAAUCCAUGGCAUUUGUGUCUUCUGAUAUUGCUAUCAAUUCCUUGUAUCAAGCUACUGAUGUUAAACCUCCAUCUUAGAUUUGUCAAUGCACUAAAAGCAUUUACACCAAUUCAAAUGUAAUUUAAUUACAGU